UGUAUGUAUAAUAUUGCAAACAAUUUACGUUCUAACCUGAUUUCGUUGACGGAAGAAUAUAUUCUUAGGUUAAGGGUUGUUUGCAAGUCUGUUGGAUAGAUAUUAAACUUACCAAAAAUAUGAUCGCAGCUAGCCAAUAAUACUAUGAAGAUUCAUUUAAUCAAAAGCUAUGAUUCGAUCGUUCAUCCUGCCUCUUCCAUCUCUAUAUCAAUUCACUUGCAACAGUAGAAUAUUUGUGGCAAUUCGCACGUUAUCCACAAUGUCCACACGAUUAGUAGCCGUUUGUCAAAUGACGUCGACUGGAGAUAGAGAAAAAAAUUUUGAGAUCGUAUCGCGCCUCGUAUCUCAAGCUAAAGGAAACAACGCCUGUAUUGCCAUGUUUCCAGAGGCAUGUGAUUAUCUGGCCGAUAAUAAAAAGGACAUCGUAGCGAUGGCAGAGCCGCUUGACGGAGAAUUGAUGGGACGAUACAAAUGUUUGGCCCAGAACUAUGACAUCUGGUUAUCGUUAGGAGGAGUUCAUGAAAAAUCCGCCGAAAAUCAUGACAAAAUUUACAACUCGCACGUUUUAAUAAACAACAGGGGUGAAACGGUCGGAGUUUAUAGAAAAAUACAUUUAUUUGAUAUGGAUAAUCCAGAGACGGGAGUCAGGUUGAUGGAAUCGGACUAUGUGGAUAGAGGUUGUGAAAUUCUACCACCUGUACAGACUCCAGUUGGACUAAUGGGCUUGAGUAUCUGUUACGACAUGCGUUUCCCUGAGAUAUCUCUGAGUUUGAGGAAAAUGGGGGCUCAAAUACUGACGUUUCCCUCCGCUUUCACGUAUCAAACGGGUGCUGCUCAUUGGGAGGUGAUUCUAAGGGCUAGAGCGAUAGAAAGUCAAUGCUACGUAAUUGCAGCGGCUCAAACAGGAGCGCACAACAAGAAGCGCGUUAGCUGGGGACAUGCGAUGAUUGUCGACCCGUGGGGAACGGUCAUAGCACAAUGCCCGGAAAAAACGGGUAUCGCCAUGGCUGAAAUAGACCUGGACUUGUUGGAUAAGAUUCGUAAAAAUAUGCCAUGCGAUAAACAUAGACGUACAGAUUUGUAUCCUGAAUUGAAGCCUUUGGAACACUUAAAAUAAAUAAAACCGUUUAUUGAAAUUGAUUACCGAAUUCGAUUUAUUGGCGUUCAAAUACAUUCCGUUGUAGAUUUUGCAAUAGAGUGCCUAGCCUCUGUGAGGGCAAAAAAUGCAUGUCGUGUUUCAUUUUUGGACGAAGAGUGAUUUAAAAUGAAAUAAAUAAAAGAAUUGGAAAAAAAAAAAA